GCAGUGUGGGAUGGUGUUGUCAUGUCAGCCGAGGUGAGCGCGCAGCAGCGCCUCCAGCAACUGCGGCAGCGUCGGUGGAGCCGUUAAUGUCAGCGUGAGCGCCGCCACACAGCAGCGACCCUUCUGCCCUACCGCCCGGAUUGUGGGCCAGGCCUGGGGGGGGCGGGAGAGAGGAGAGCCGCGGGGAGGGUGACAGAGAGGCACCGCCCGCCCGCCCGCCGCGCUGUAAAGCCGCUUCAGCCAGGCAGCUGCCCGGGGAGGCGACGCCAAACCAACCGCAGCGGCUGCCAUCAUGAACAGGUUCCGCAAGUGGCUGUACAAACCCAAGAGGUCAGACCCACAGCUUCUUGCCCAAUUCUACUAUGCAGAUGAAGAAUUAAAUCUGGUUGCUGCUGAAUUGGACAGUUUGGAUGGACGGAAGGACCCACAGAGAUGUACGCUGCUCGUCAACCAGUUCCGCUCCUGUCAGGACAACGUAUUAAAUAUAAUAAACCAGAUCAUGGAUGAAUGUAUCGCAAGUGAACGAGCAAAUCGGGAUUUUUGUGUCAAGUUUCCGGAGGAAAUACGACAUGACAAUCUAGGAGGACAGCUCUGGUUCGGAGCUGAGUGUUUAGCUGCUGGUUCGAUUAUCAUGAACCGUGAAAUAGAGAGCAUGGCAAUGCGACCUUUGGCCAAAGACCUAACCCGCAGCUUAGAAGAUGUCCGAAAUAAUAUCCGUGACCAGUGCCUGAGAGACUUGAAUGUCUUCACCGACAAAAUGAAGGAGUCUCUCAAACACUUUGAUGGCCUGUUUGCAGAGUUUGAAUUAUGUUAUGUGUCUGCAAUGGUACCUGUGAAAUCUCCUAAAGAAUAUUAUGUACAGCAAGACGUCAUUAUUCUCUUCUGUGAAACAGUUGAAAGGGCCUUAAAGCUUGGAUACCUCACACAAGAUCUGAUUGACGACUAUGAACCAGCAUUAAUGUUUACAAUUCCUAGACUAGCCAUUGUAUGUGGGUUAUUUGUUUACCCUGAGGGGCCUUUGAACUUGGAGCAUAAGCCAGAAGAUAUGUCUGACCUCUUUAGACCAUUUCGCACACUACUACGGAAAAUAAGGGAUCUACUGCAGAUCCUGACUGAGGAUGAGCUGCAUACACUUGAACGAAAUCUCUGCAUAUCCCAGGAUUGUGAAUUUAAGACCAGUCCAGAGGUACCCUCUCCCAUUGCUCCCCCGAUAGCUCCUGAGAAACUUUUGGAGGACAAACUCUCUGUAAGAGCUGAAAAUACAGAGGCUGAACUUGCAUGUUCCAUGCAGUAUGAUGAGGAGGAGCUGGAGCAACUUAACUUAAUGGUGCACAGGGUAGGAGAUGAGAUGUCCUGCCUGCUUUCUCCACCUAGUGCAUGCCAGUCGCCAGCUCACAAGACUGUGCUGAGAGGUGGCACUAACCCAGGGGCGUCUACCAACAAACCAUGCCUUGUGACUUCUGCUGUAAGGCAUGUAGUUGAAGAGGAGGAGAGGGUGUUUUUCAUGGAUGAUUUGGAUGCCUUAGCUGGAAUCACUGCAACUGAGGAAAUCAUUGCUUGGGCUGAGGAUUCACAUCAGCAGAAUAAGAAUAUUGAGAUACCACUUCAAUCAGAGGAUACAAGCACAGUGAAGAAUAGACGGACAGCUGAAAACCUUGAAACGAUAGAGGUACUGCACAGACCAAAUGUUAACUCUAGUCUACAAGGGCAAACCAAGCUGAAGGAAAAUAAUACAACAGAAAUGCACUGCAACUGUUUAGAUGGACCUGACUCAAAUUCUUACCUCAAUGGUUGGGAUACGGGUAGUAAUGAUACUGAACCCAGUGAAACUGCAGAAAAAAUAGCAUACAGAACUGGUGGAAUGAAAAUUUCUGCAACCGUUAUCUUCAAUCCCAAGUCUCAGUGUGUUUUGUGCUCUGAGUCGGAGAGUAUAAUAAAUGGUGAUUCUGUCUCCUGCCAGGUUUCAGAUGCUUCAGAUCAGUUAGGGGAAGAUGGUUACUCAAAGGAAUGUACUGCUGCCUUGAAAAAUCAAAUAAAUUACUGUACUCAUUGUGCUGCUGCUCAGGAUGGUCUCAUUGAAAAUCGCAUCAAACCAAUGGAUGUAAAUUCUUUGAAGAAGCUUACAGAUGCUGUUGGAGUUUCUGUCUCAUGUAACGUUGAGGAUCAGCAACAUAAACUUAAUUUUCCAUCAGCAUCACAGGAGGCAUUAGAAAGUGAGAGAUCAGAUGUGACGUGGUCAGAAAAGAACUUGGGUAAAGAAGAGCACAACACCUCCAAAUGCAAGUGCCUGACGCAAUCCUCAGCAAAGCCAACUGAAGGAGGUGACCAACAAACAGAACCAGAGAAGAGGAGGCCUCCAAGCAGUGGGGAGGAAAGGAAAGGCGAGCUAUGUGCUCAAAAAGAAGUAAAUGAUGAAUUGGAAGAAGUUGGGAUGCCACAGCCUGCUUCUGAUAUAUUGGAAAUCUACAGAACUGAGAGAAGUUAUCAAGAUCCAUUCCGAGAUUCCCCCUUCAGCUCCAUAUCCAGCAGUGACUGUGAGAGUGUCUCUGUCACAACCUGUAGUCUUUCCAGCACAUACACUCCGAGUCCCCUAAGCAGUCUAACAAGUUCCUACACCUCGGAGGAUGUGGAUCAAGAAGAGAUCCAGCUUGCCCUUCUGGCUGCCAAAUUUGCUACAAGAGAAAAGAUCCGAGCUCGGUUUCAUAGUAGCAGUGACCUUAUCCACCGACUUUUUGUGUGCAUCUCAGGUGUUGCUGAUCAGCUUCAAACAAACUAUGCAAGUGACCUGCGAAGCAUCCUUAAAACCUUGUUUGAGGUCAUGGCAACCAAGUUGGAAAAUGAGGAGAAUCAGACUGAAAAGAAAGUUGACCAGAAAUUGAGAAGUCCUGCUCUGGAAGACUGUGCUUUAUGUCGAGAAAGUGUUUCUUCCUCUGAACUUGUUGAAAAAACAAGAGAUGAAGAUCUUGAAGAUCCUCCAGAUUGGGUACCAGACGAUGUCUGCAGUUACUGCACUGCUUGCAAGGCACCGUUCACUGUGAUCCGAAGAAAGCACCACUGCAGAAGCUGUGGGAAGAUCUUCUGCUCACGUUGCUCUUCUCACUCUGCUCCUUUACCUCGAUAUGGCCAGAUGAAGGCAGUCCGGGUCUGCACCCAUUGCUAUAUCUUCCAUGUAACUCCCUUCUACAGUAACAAAGCUAGCAUUUGAUACUACUGAAUGUCUACCUGAUUCCAACAUGUGUGGACUAACUCAACACCAUUACAACGGACGGAAUUCGAUAUCAAACCAGAUGAGUCAGCAUCAAAGUUCGAUGGAACUUUAGCUAAGCAUUUUCACCUCGUUAAUAGAACCCAGAUGGUGGAUGACUGGGAGAAGCUUUACCUGCAGAUGGAAAUUUUGUACAGACCUUUUUAAUAAUAAUCCUUGCAUUUUAAGUGAUUUUGAUAACGAGCUGCUAACACGAUGUGCUGAACUUCUGUAGCUAUUUAGCUAAGGUACAGUCUUCCGUGAAUUUGUAUCCAAGCAUAAAAAUAUCGCAAGCUGAAGCAGGGCACUACGUGUAGGAGGGAUCUUCCUGUAUAGGUCUUGGGGUGGAAAACUUGAAGCUAUGUUGCAUCUGUUAUACACUAAUGAUGGUUCACAUCGUGGUAGUUAGUUAAUCACAGCAAAAGUGGUCCAGAUGAUGAUAGUCCCGACCUCUGUUUACAAUUGGACAGUAAUUGGAAAAGACUCCUGUCUGUAUUUAUUAUAGGAGAGGAUUAUAUUUCUACUACUAAAGCCAUCCAAAGUGGCAUUCCAUUUAAUGUUUUCUACCCAACACUAAUGCUGGUCAAAUUAUUUUCCAGAAGCAACAUCCAAUUUUAAAGGUCAAGUGACAACAUUUGCAGUUCAGUUUUUUCACAACUUUUUGUCCUCCCAGUGAGGUUAUGCAGUCAGUUGUUCAUGGGAUCAUGUCUGUUUGGUUUUAACGAUGUAUUGAUGAUGUCAGAGUUGAAGCACUUGUGGGCUGUUCUGGGUGAUGUGGAGGCAGGAAUCUCCAUUGGAGGAGAUGUUGCCUCUCUGGUGAUUAUUGUAAAUGUAACAGUAAAUAAUAAUCCUUGUAUUUGAAAGUGUGCCUCUAACAUUGAAAUA